AUGGGGAAUGAGAGAGCAAACGGCCUAGUCGAUCCGUUCUCCUUCAUCCUGGCCAACUUCCUCUUCCUCAUCGCCGUGCUCUUCGUGGUAGAGUACUGGCUAACCAACUUCCGCGCCGACGGCACAGCAUUCAUGAUGUGGGUCACGUGGCUCUUACUCGACCUGCUGGCCGCCGAGUCCCUCGUCGUCCGCGUCUCGAGCAUCUCCCCCAUAUUCUUCGUCGCCCUCGCCGUCACGGCCUUCGCUAACGGGCUUUGGAUGGUCGUCGACGGCUUCCUGGUCCCCAUAACGAUCCUCAACCCGUUCUGGAAGUACGUGUUCCACUACAUCGACUACCAGGCGUAUGUGUUCCAGGGGAUGAUGGUCAACGAGUUCUUGGGGGAGGAUUACGCUUGCGCUACGGCUGCUGAUGGGCAGUACCAGUGCAUGUAUCCCAGUGACAUGAAUGCGGAGGGGAUGAUUCGCGGCACGGACGUGUUGAAGGUGUUUAAAAUUGACACGGGGAUUGAGAGUACCUGGGUUGGUAUCAUUAUUGACAUCAUUGCCGGGUACCGAUUGCUCGGAUAUCUUGCCUUGUAUUUUCUCAGGAAGUAG